UCUGCCAUCCAGAUUCCAGACAGCCUGCUCCGACGGAAAGCGGUAUCCGCCGGAACAUGGGAACACGGCCGGGCCCAGCUCGCGCAAGCUCGCCCUGUCGCCGUCAUCAGCUGCAUUUCUCACAGGGGCAAUGCGACAGUUUGACGAUGUCCUUCGCUCAAGCUUGCAGGAAAGUGUCCACUCUUUUCCAAGGAAUUGCCAUUGUCUCCCCUGCGACUCUUGGCCCGCAUUCUCGCCACACCCUUAUCAACGGUGGUGCCCUGCAGAUUGCAGAUUCUUUUAAGGCGAACACCACCAUUUUGUCUGCAGAGUGUUCAAAGAACAGCUCCUAUUCGUUUCUUGCAUUUCGUUCCGGGCUUUGGCAGGGGCAAUUCGCACCUCUGGCUGCAAAGCGGACCAGUGUCAGGAAGCUGUCCAUCUCAUCAAAGAUCAUCAACAAUCUGAUUGCAAAGGCAAGUCCAGAAGCGAAUUCCGAAGAGGAGACAAUGGCAGAAUCAAGCUUAGACGUCAAUGUUGGCUUCAUUGGAGCUGGCCAGAUGGCCGAAGCCAUGGCGCGCGGGUUCAGCAAAGCUGGUGUCGUGCCGGCUAGCCAGCAAUUUGCCACCGACCCAUCGGAGGCAAGGAGAGAGGUGUUUAGCAGUUUUGGUGUGACCGCUCUGCAGAGCAAUGUGGAGGUGGCGGAGAAGAGUGACGUGAUCUUUUUGGCGGUCAAGCCCUAUGUCGUUAAGAAGGUCCUUGAAGAGCUGCAGACCACGUUGACGGAGAGGCACUUGAUUGUGUCUAUCGCCGCGGGCGUCACACUGGAACAACUGCAGGCGGCCGCUGGGAAAGGAGCAAGGAUUGUACGAGUGAUGCCAAAUACCCCGUGCCUCGUUGGGGAGACCGCUGCAGCUCUGUCCCUGGGGAAGCACGCAACUGAGGCUGACGGAGAACUGGUGCAGAAGCUGUUCAGUGCCGUGGGGCUUGUGCACGUUGUGCCCGAGAACCUGCUAGAUGCAGUCACAGGCCUCAGUGGAAGCGGACCAGCCUACAUAUUCAUCGCCAUCGAAGCCCUGGCAGACGGGGGAGUUGCGGCAGGACUGCCACGAGACAUUGCACUGUCCUUAGCAGCCCAGACUGUGAAGGGGGCAGCAGAGAUGGUUUUGCAGACGGGGAAGCAUCCGGGGGUGUUGAAAGACUCGGUCGCUUCGCCAGGAGGGACAACAAUAGCAGGGUUACACGAACUCGAAAAAGGAGGGGUACGAUCAACGUUGAUAAACGCAGUCCUAGCAGCGGCUCAACGCUCGAAAGAACUAUCGAAAUGAUUCGUUCCCUUGUGUUUGAUUCACUUCUACAGCACAUCGCAACCCACUAUGCGUAUGUGCGCUGAUCCGGCUUAAGUUUUGGCACAACAUCAGGGUGAAUUUAUCGCAGCCGCCCUGGUAAAAGGUAUCAUGGAGUAUUUUGUAUUUGCAAAGCAUUCUCGUUGCGAAAUAACAGC